ACUCGGCUGUCCGUACGUAAUAUUUCACUGGGUGCUGCACGUUUCAUUCGACAGUGAAGAAACUUCCCUUCUAACUUUAACACCCUGGAGAUAUCAAUUUUAAAUUUGUUUUACGUUUAUCGAGUCAAAAUGACGGUGAAGUUAUUUUGCUGCAAGAUACUAAGAGACACAAAAUACCUGCAGGCAUGAGUUCUCCGUGUAACCAUAGAAUAAUUAAACUGAGAGAAAGAAAUCGUAUACUUCUGGAUCAGCUUGAAUCUAAUUCCAUUCUACUGAAACGUAGAUUGAAGAAAUUAAAACGCACUGCUCGGGCUGCAAGAUAUUCAGAGAAACCAUGGCAGGAUCUCCCAGUAUCACCUUUAAAGAGAAAGUAUGAGUCCUGGAAAGCAAGAAAUUACUCUGGUCAAGUGGCAGCAGCUGUGAAUGCAACAGCACACACCUUAAGCUCCAGCAGUUCGAAUAGUCAGGAACUCAAUGUAAAAUAUAAACAAAAGGUGGAAGAUAUUACAUCACCAGCUAAACGUAGUAAACAAAAUGUCCAAAUUGAGUCAAGGGCCAGAAUCAAAGAAGUGCUGCCCUGUGAAUGUUGCAAGUGCCAUCUUAAAUCAUCCACUGCAAUUGAUGUAAGAAACAGUGGGAAGGAAUAUGAAGACUGUUACUGCAAAAGAGAUGCUGGCAGGGACAGAACAAACUCAGAUAUAUCAUCACAGGAAAGUGAGGGAUCCAUAUCCGCUUUACAUAUUGGCAGUAAGAUUCAUGAAGAGCCAGUAGAACUGCAUUCAGUGAAAUAUAAUAUGAAUACUGGAAUUACAGAGAACCAACAAAGAAGAACCCUAGAGGCAGCACAUGUAAUCAUUGAUUAUUCUCCUAAAUCGAUGUUUCUAAAGAAGCUGAAGGAAAGGUCCCAAGUUGUUGGUGAUUUCAUUGCUCCAGAGAACAUAAGAACUCCUGCAAAGUUGAGCUCUGUAACACCACCUAAGAAGUCUUCAUAUUCUGAUAAGAGUACAGUAGGAACUAAGCUUAUGAAACCUACAAAAGUAGGCUCUGUCAAGACAAAUCUAAAGAAGUCUAGUCCACUCAAGACUCCUCAUUCUUCUAGACUGCCCUCUGACCAUGAUGGUCACGGACUGAUCUCUGAUCAUAAUCAGCAAGGCACCACUAAAAGGUCUCCAUGUCGCAGUCUGAGACGCUCUUGUAAUGAUGAGUUAAGACUUAGGAAGAACAGGAAACGUGUUUGCUACAGGAAAAAUUGCCACUGCCAUGUCAAAGAGGACAUCAGAUCCACAGAAAACUUCCCUAGUAUUGUAAAAGAGAAAGAAGUAAAACUGGCAAAUGAGCAGGGACUCGCCAAUCCAAGGACCUCAUCAAGCCCCUGUAAGUGUUGCUGUGACUGCAGCACACAGCAGAUACACACCCCCAAGACUCCACUGAUAAUGAGCAAUGUAGGGGCAGGCUUGGUGGAGAGUGAACAUGAUAAGAAACACAUACAACCUCAGUGUUGUGGACGAGGCUCAUGGUUUGAUGAGAUGAAUGAAUUCCGACAGUCACAUUGGUUUGAUUGCCAUGCCUAUCCUCAUCCAGCCGGCACAAGUCGAGAUGCUACAAGAAACUUGGAUGUAGGAAGUAUCCAUCCCAAUAGCCAUAAAUGUGUUCACAAAUAUGUUUUAGAUGACAGAAUGUUUGCCAGACCUUUAUAUUCAGAUCAUCUGAAUAACAGCCGAUGUGUGGUAUGUCAUCUGCCUUAUAACUUGUCCAAGUCUAAGACGAGGGAGACUCCUCCUGUAACACUACCAUCAACACUGCAAGAUCCAGAGAUUCAAGUGUCAAUACCUUUAGGAUCACCUCAUGGUAGACGACCUUCAGCUUCAGGAAAUGUUUUGUCUCACAAGAAAGUGACGCAGCCUUCUGGCAGAAGCAGAUCAGCAUCUAGUCCAAGAUCAAGGUCACAGCCAAGUAUCUUCAAGCAUACUCUUGGGGAUUUAAAACCUCGGGCACCACCACCUGCUGAUUCUUUGGCACUCCGUUACCAGAAGGGUGUUGCAAAAUGAUCUGUUUGUAAUUGUUGUUGCUGUUCCAUGCAAUGCAGAAGGUUGGUAGUAUUAAUCAAAACUGUUGCACCUGAGGAUAUAAAAGAAAUGUUUACUGGUGUUUUUAGAUAGGUAGCAAAUUUAAUGUAAAGUGUGUAUAAGCUUUUAAUAUUUUAACUGCAUCUCACUAAUCAACAAAUGAAUUGUGUAAUGUAGUCAAAAGUGGGGGACAGACAUUGAAUAUAAAGAGCCAUAAAAUAUUUUAUUUGAUGUAACCCUUUAUGCACUAUCAGUGUGAUUUCUUACCCAUAGAUGCUGGCUACUUUUACUGUUGAGACUCUUUUGACACUUGAUAAAAUUAAUGAGAAUGGUCUUGACAUUUUAACCUAAUUAUAUGUCCAUCCCCUCACUGACAGUUUUAAACUGUAAUGGAAGCAUACAAACAAAAUUAUUAUUAGCUUAUAACUUCUCUCAUUUGGGACUAGUGAUAUUAACUGUCACAGUGCACUACAUAAAAAGAGAAAACACUGCAUAGUGUGCCUACUGUAUUCAAAUGGUUGUCUGGACACUGGUCUCCAGUGGUUUUUAACUAAUGUGAUAUGCCAUUAAUAUUUUGGUCUGUAUACAUUUUAUGAAUGACACGCCAGGUGAACCAUAGGUACGUUACAGACAAGACCUGAAGCUUUCAUGGCAGUCAAGUCAAUAAUAUUUUCUCAGGCUACCAGCUGUGUUACUUGGUUAAAAAUUACCAACAUUUCAGGGGUUGUCUCUGUCCCCGUCAUCAGUGUGACGAUGGGGACAGAGGUGGCCCCUGAAAUGUCAGUAAUUUUUAACCAACUGACAAUGAUUGAUAGACAAAGAAGAUUUUAUCAAGGGAGUGAUGUUUACAGGGAUAAUGCUAUAAUUCAAGAAUUACCCAAGCUGGAUGUCUGCAUAACAUUGGAAGACCUCUCUCAAGCAACAAAAGAACAAUGUAGGUGACCCUUGUUAUCCGCUGUUUUGUAUCAGUGUCAUUGGGAUUAUCAUUUUCCUAUGUAGAGCCGCAGUAGAAGCUACCACACAUGCCCAGCAAGUUAUUUGGAUGGCUUCCUUGACUCAGCUAACAAUUUUGAUUCAGUCAUGUCAUUAACUGCUUCUUCUGCAUCAUGCUAAAUGCUUGUUCAGUGUCUCUUUUAUGUAGUUCUUAUUAUAUGGUAAUUUUUAGAACUCAGCACUGUAUAACAAGAGCCACCUGUAACUGAACAGUCAUUAAUGACUGUAUUCUUCCUUGAUGAUGAUGUGCUCAUUAUAAUGCUUUGUAUUUUCUUUUUACAUUUUAUAUAGUAGAUAGGGGUGUGUGUAUGACAACAGUUUUAUGUAUAAUAAAAUUGAAUAUAUUAAUAACAAGCAAUACAAUAAAGUUUAAUGUUAAGUAUUUAAUAACUUGAAAUAUGUAAGAUUUGAGGUUUUGACAUCAGUGAAUAUGAAGAAAGCAGUCUUCUUAAAUGUGGCACCGU